AUUUUUGAAAUUGAUAUGAACCAAUGCCUAUAAAUGGGGCAUAGUUUGCGAUGUAAGAAAAGAAUCAGGUUUUCCAAAAAUGUGCUAGAAGUUGUGGAUUUCAUCAUCAUCUAUAUCCAUAAACCUAAAAUCUUUCUUACACUAACACUAGUACUAGUAGACUCAUCUCACAAACCGCACUGCAACCAACGGCGGCGAAAAAAUGGUGACUCGACGGUUGGCUCAGAUUGCAACCAGCGACGACGACGAAGACGAAGCACCCAAGCAAGAGUCUCUCGAAGCGAAGCAGCAGCGGAAGAGGAAGAGGAUGAAGCUGCAGGAAUAUGAAGAUGAAGAAGCUGAAGUAGUAGUAGAAGAAGAGGAUGAAGAGAAGAAGAAGAACCAGAGAAAUCCCCCUACAUCUGACGCAGAAGAAGAGCAGGACGCGCCACUGGAGGAUGCUAAGCCUGUUGGCGAAUCAAUUAGGGUUUCUGGAAAAGGUAGAGGCAGGAAGAGGCAUUUUCACUGCUUCGAGUUUGAUGGAAACCAAUACGCACUGGAGGACCCUGUACUUCUCGUGCCCGAGGGUGAAGAUCAAAAGCCGUACGUGGCAAUUAUUAAGGACAUUGCACAAUCUGUAAAUGGCAGCAUAAUGGUCACAGGGCAAUGGUUUUACCGUCCUGAAGAAGCAGAAAAAAAAGGCGGUGGCAGUUGGCAAUCAUGUGAUGCAAGGGAGCUCUUUUACAGUUUCCACCGUGAUGAUGUUCCUGCAGAAUCCGUCAUGCAUAAGUGUGUGGUGCAUUUUGUUCCCAUACACAAACAGCUUCCGAAUCGUAAGCAGCAUCCCGGGUUUAUUGUGCGAAAGGUGUACGACACAGUAGAAAGGAAACUCUGGAAGCUAACUGAUAAGGACUAUGAGGACGGUAAACAGCAAGAAAUUGAUGAGCUUGUUCAGAAAACCCUUGAACGUUUGGGUGAACUACCUGACAUCGAAACGGAUGAAGCUCUUGCUGAUCAGGAAGAUCUGACAAAAAAUAAAAGAAUGAUGAGAAAAAAGAGCAUUUCACCUCUCGAUGUUUCAAAGGAAGAAACAGCUCGAAAGAGUGACCAACCUCUGAAACCUGAUACACCAUUGAGCUGUGUAAAUAAUGCCUCAGAGCAUUACCGCAUACUAGUGGGUUUCAAUGCACUAACAGGAGAUACCCAUCGUGACAAAGGUUUGGAGAAGUUACUUCAAAGUGUUCAAUACAUGUUUGAUAACAAUGGUAGCAUGAAGAAUGAAGAAAAGGUUAAUGACAAUUCUGAUGACAUAAAAAAUGGAAGCAGUAACAGAGGUUCAGAAUCAGCAAAUGAAUAUAAAGACAAGGUUCAAAAGAGUUCCAAGCCUUUGAUCUGGCCAGGUGUUGCUGUUUCAGCUGUAGCUGCUCUGGAAAAAGCUUCACAUGAUGCUCUUUCAUCAGAUUAUCAGAAGUACAACCAAAAGCUACGACAAUUAGUAUUCAAUCUCAGGAACAAUGCAUUCCUAGCACGGCGUCUAUUGAAUGGAGAGUUGGAACCUUCGAAAAUAUUGAAUAUGACACCUGCUGAGUUGAAGGAGGGUUUGACUGCGGAAGAAAUAACCAAGACAGAGCCUGAGGAGUCAGAGCAGAUGCAGAUGACAGAUGCCCUCUGCAGUGUUUGCUCGGAGCGUAAGGCGGGUGUGAGGGAUAUUAUCCGCGCAGGACAUUUUGACCGAUACAAGCUGGAGUGCAUUGCCUGUGGUCAUUCCUGGUACGCCUCUCGUGAUGCGGUCUCCGUGCUGACAUCAGAUCCAUCAGAUUCUUUUCUUUUUUAGGUCUCUGGUAGUAGCAGGUCUUUUCUUUUUUAGGUCUCUGGUAGUAGCAGGACGGUGUUUAGCUCUCUUCCCGUUUGCAUUUGUGGAGAUAACUAACUAAUGUAUGUGCAGAAUGUUACUCUUCUGCUAGCUUUUGUCUGAUUACUGAUGAUGAUUUUAGAAAGAUGGUAGUAGGAUGACUUGACUGGGUUUUUCUAUUGUCCGCGUUCGAAUUUAAUGCAUGUGUUUGUAGACGUUCUUUUGCACGCUGAUGGAGAUGCAAACAUAUUUCUCUUU